UGGGUUUCCGUGGCGUGCGAGAGGGGCAUCUUUGGCGACUGCGGUGUUGAAAAAGGAAACCGAAGGUGGUUUGUUUGUUUUUCCGUCUAAUCAAAAUCAAAUCGAAUUGGAUUGGAUACAAUACAAUACAACCCUAUAUAAGCCUUCAAAACCUGCGCUGCGUGCUGUCGUUUCAUUUGCUUUACUCACCGAAAGUAACGGAGGGAUUUCCUUAACCCACAAACUCUCAAAUACCCUCUCUCUCUCACCGACCACUAUGUUGCAGAGACCUAGACGCCGCUGCGAGGGCACUGCCAUGGGCGCCAUCGUUCUCGAUCUCCGUCCCGGUCUCGGAAUUGGACCCUUCUCCCUCGGGAUGCCUAUAUGUGAAGCAUUUGCUCAGAUAGAGCAGCAACCUAACAUAUACGAUGUGGUGCAUGUCAAGUAUUUUGAUGAGGAACCCCUGAAGUUGGAUGUUGUUAUUAGCUUUCCUGAUCAUGGCUUCCAUCUUCGCUUUGAUCCGUGGUCUCAGAGAUUGCGCCUUAUUGAAAUAUUUGAUGUAAAGCGACUUCAGAUGUGCUAUUCUACUUCCUUGAUUGGGGGACCAUCAACUUUAGCUACAUUUGUUGCUGUAUAUGCACUGUUUGGGCCCACAUAUCCUGGAAUUUUUGACAAGGAUAGACGCAUUUACACCCUAUUCUAUCCGGGACUUUCCUUUGCAUUUCCUAUUCCAAGUCAAUUUACAGACUGCUGUCAUGACGGGGGAGUGGAAUUGCCAUUGGAGUUUCCUGAUGGGACCACGCCAGUUACAUGCCGUGUUUCUAUAUAUGAUAGCUCCUCUGGUAAGAAGGUUGGUGUGGGGGCCUUAAUGGACAAGGCUUCUGCUCCUCCAUUACCUGCUGGCAGCAUUUACAUGGAAGAGGUCCAUGUGAAGCUAGGGGAAGAAUUGUACUUCACUGUUGGCUCACAACACAUUCCUUUUGGUGCAUCUCCACAGGAUGUGUGGACUGAGCUUGGACGUCCCUGUGGCAUUCAUCAAAAGCAGGUAGAUCAAAUGGUUAUUCAUUCUGCUUCAGAUCUUCGGCCACGGACAACUCUCUGUGGAGACUACUUUUAUAAUUAUUUUACUCGUGGUCUGGACAUAUUAUUUGAUGGACAGACUCACAAAAUCAAGAAGUUUGUGUUACACACCAACUUCCCUGGUCAUGCUGAUUUCAAUUCUUACAUUAAGUGCAACUUUGUUGUCUAUGGCUCAGAUUCAGUAGGGGGAUCUUUCCAGGAAGUAAAUAACAGCAAACAGAGGGUUAUUACACCUAGCACCAAAUGGGAACAAGUUAAGGAAAUACUUGGGGAUUGUGGGCGAGCUGCCAUCCAAACACAAGGCUCAGCAAGUAACCCCUUUGGUUCUACUCUUGUAUAUGGUUAUCAAAAUAUUGCCUUUGAGGUGAUGAAGAAUGGAUAUAUUGCAACAAUAACUCUCUUCCAAUCAUGAUGAUGGCGCUUUUGGUUACUCUCAAUCUCAUCUCCAUAUUGUUCUAAGAUCUAUCAAGGUUGGAUAUGGAAAUUCAGGAGUAACAGGCUAGGUUUGUACGAGCACUGUUUAAAUAUUGCAGCCUUCCAUCAUCAUUAUCGUGGCAAGGGGCUAUGAAAAUUGUACAGCUGUGUAACAAAUUGUACAUAUUAAAAUCCUGUUAAAUUAUGUAAUUUUCUAACAUUGACAUCUUGCACAAAGCAAAUGUAAUGAAUUCCUUUUGCUUUGCCUUUCAGUGUAAUGAGAUUCUUAGUUACUUGCUAUAAUUUAUAAAAAGGUUGUUGUCUAA